UCUGCCCGCUUAGUUGCAGGUAGUGCUCCUGCGGGAAGAUGGCGACGGAUAAACAGAAACAUGAAGGCAGGGUAAAGAUUGGACACUACAUACUCGGGGACACCCUUGGGGUCGGCACUUUUGGAAAAGUUAAAGUUGGAAGACACGAGUUGACAAAGCACCAAGUUGCUGUGAAGAUCUUGAACCGACAGAAAAUCCGCAGCCUCGAUGUAGUUGGAAAAAUUCGCAGAGAGAUUCAGAACCUCAAACUUUUUAGGCAUCCACAUAUAAUUAAACUGUAUCAAGUGAUCAGCACACCAACAGAUAUUUUCAUGGUAAUGGAAUAUGUUUCUGGUGGGGAGCUCUUUGACUACAUAUGCAAGAAUGGAAAGCUGGAUGAAAAGGAGAGCAGGCGUCUCUUCCAGCAGAUCAUCUCGGCUGUUGAUUACUGCCACAGACACAUGGUGGUGCACAGAGAUCUCAAGCCAGAGAACGUGCUGCUCGAUGCACAGAUGAAUGCAAAAAUUGCAGAUUUUGGUCUUUCAAACAUGAUGUCAGAUGGGGAGUUUCUAAGAACCAGUUGUGGUUCUCCAAACUACGCUGCUCCAGAAGUUAUUUCAGGAAGGUUAUAUGCUGGUCCAGAGGUGGAUAUCUGGAGCAGCGGGGUGAUCUUGUAUGCCUUGCUGUGCGGGACUCUCCCAUUUGAUGAUGAUCAUGUGCCAACCUUGUUCAAGAAGAUCUGUGAUGGCACCUUUUACACCCCACAGUACCUGAACCCCUCUGUUACUGGCCUUUUGAAGCACAUGCUUCAAGUGGACCCCAUGAAGAGAGCUACCAUAAAGGAAAUCCGAGAGGAUGAGUGGUUCAAACAGGAACUCCCUAAAUACUUGUUUCCUGAGGAUGCAGCCUACAGCAACACCAUGAUCGAUGAUGAAGCCCUCAAGGAAGUCUGCGAAAAGUGUGAGUGCACUGAGGAGGAGGUGCUUAGCCUCCUGUACAGCCGGAAUCACCAUGACCCUCUGGCCGUGGCCUAUCACCUAAUUAUUGACAAUCGGAGGAUCAUGAAUGAAGCCAAGGACUUCUACCUGGCCAGCAGCCCACCAGAGUCCUUCAUGGACGAGCACCAAAUGGCGGCCUCCAAGCCACACCCAGAGCGAGUGCCAUUCGUGGUAGCUGAAGCGACCCCAAGGCCUCGCCACACACUGGAUGAACUAAACCCACAGAAGUCCAAGCACCAAGGAGUGCGGCGAGCCAAAUGGCAUCUUGGGAUCAGAAGUCAAAGUCGACCCAAUGACAUCAUGGCUGAAGUUUGCAGAGCAAUGAAACAGCUGGACUAUGAGUGGAAGGUUGCAAACCCAUAUUAUUUGCGUGUCCGGAGAAAGAACCCAGUGACAGGAAUGUACACUAAAAUGAGUCUGCAGCUCUACCAAGUUGACAGCAGAACUUAUCUCCUAGACUUCCGGAGCAUUGAUGAUGACAUGUUCGAGGCUAAAUCUGGAACAGCUACCCCUCACCGGUCGGGGUCAAUUGGGAACAAUCAGAUGACCCUGAAGAAUGGAGCUGGUGAUGCCACGGUGAAAGGCGAAGAUGGGUCUUUAACGUCCUCUUUGACAUCGUCAGUUGACUCCGCAAGCGGCGAGACAACUCCAAGACCAGGGAGUCACACAAUAGAGUUCUUUGAAAUGUGUGCUAAUCUUAUUAAAAUACUUGCACGGUAACUUUUUUGGCAUUAGCCUACGAGUGUCUUUACAGCAAUAAGCAUGCACCAGAUUCAUGGCUUAAUGCUUCCGCCGUGGAUGUAGUUGUUGUUUUGUGGCACUGAAGCAGUUGGCCCCAGUAAAGCUGGGUCUAGCUUGGGAUGGGAAGGUUAUUUAACAAUAAAUGCUAAGCCACUUUAUAGUAAAUAUAGAUAUUUUAUAUUCAUAUACCUAUAUCUUGCUGAGGAACUGAAGUGUUAAACUUCCAAAGAAGCUUGCCUUUUCUGCCUUAUAUUGGCAACAAGGUGAAAUAUUCACUUAUCCAGUGACUUAUUUAGAUUUGUUUUUACAUCCCUGGUUUUAAAUUAGAAAAUGC